AUGGUUGAUGUUUUGGUGGCACGUCAAAGGCCCCUCGGUUACGACCUGCUGCUUGGGAUCAAUGUGACCCGAGCGCUAGGAGGCAUGAUAAUCACGCCAGCAGGAAAUGUGGAACUGGCUUCAAACUGUUUUCCUCCUUUUCUCUCUCUCUCUCUCUCCUUAUUAAUCACUGACAUGCAGACCUCAAAAAUGCUUAUCACUCUUUUCCCCCUCUUUCUUACUUCGUGUCUUUUGCAUUCAUUUCUCUUUCAAUUUUUUUUUCUUAUUCUUCUGUUUCUAUCUCUCUUCCUGAUGAACUGGGAGAGUUGCUAUUUCCUUUUUCUUUUUAGCAUUUCUUUUCUAUCUCAUUUUCUCCUCAAAGAUUUUAUUUUCUCUUUCUUUUUCAGUUUUCUUUUUUCCUUUUUUCUCUUUCCUCUCCCCCCCCUUUUUUCUUUCCUCUUCUUAUUCUUAUAUUUCACAUUAAUUUUUCCUUUGCUUUUCUCCUUACCUUUCAAAAUCAUUUUUUUUCAUUAUCAUUCAUAUUCUUUCUUUCUCUCUCUCCCUUCUUCCAACCAUUCCUCUUCUCUCUCUCCCUUCUUCCAACCAUUCCUCUUCUCUCUCUCCCUUCUUCCAACCAUUCCUCUUCUCUCUCUCCCUUCUUCCAACCAUUCCUCUUCUCUCUCUCCCUUCUUCCAACCAUUCCUCUUCUCUCUCUCCCUUCUUCCAACCAUUCAUCUUCUCUCUCUCUCCCUUCUACCAACCAUUCAUCUUCUCUCUCUCUCCCUUCUGCCAACGAUUCAUCUUCUCUCUCGCUCUCCCUUCUACCAACGAUUCAUCUUCUCUCUCGCUCUCCCUUCUACCAACGAUUCAUCUUCUCUCUCGCUCUCCCUUCUACCAACGAUUCAUCUUCUCUCUCGCUCUCCCUUCUACCAACGAUUCAUCUUCUCUCUCUCUCUCCCUUCUACCAACGAUUCAUCUUCUCUCUCUCUCCCCCUUCUACCAACGAUUCAUCUCUCCCUCUCUCCCUACCAUUCAUCUCUCCCUCUCUCCCUUCUUCUUACCAUUCAUUUCUCCCUUCUCUCUCUCUCUCUCUUUAUUCUCUCCUUUCCUGUCCUCUCUUUCUCUCUCCUAUUACUUUUCUUUCACCUUUCCACCACACAUUCUCUCAUUUUCUGCUCUCAUUUAUUUCCUUUCCCUCAAAUCCACUCUUUCCCCUCCUCUAUAGCAUUCCUAUCCUUCCACCCCCUCUUCUAUAUUGUUUCUUUUGUCCUGCAUCCCUCCUCUAUCUUGCUACUCUUCUUUCCUUUCCCACCACUCCUCUAUCUCAUUUCUUUCUUUCCUCCAACCCCUCGUUCUCUCCUAUCUAGUUUCUCUCUUCACUACUUCCCCUCUUUUUCUCUCUUCACUACUUCCCCUCUUUUUCUCUCUUCACUACUUCCCCUCUUUUUCUCUCUUCACUACUUCCCCUCUUUUUCUCUCUUCACUACUUCCCCUCUUUUUCUCUCUUCACUACUUCCCCUCUUUUUCUCUCUUCACUACUUCCCCUCUCCCUACUCUAACUCAAUUUUCUCCUUUAUUCUAGCCUCUUUCUCUAUCCUUUUUUUGUUUCUCCUCCUCUCUGGCAUACACCUUCUUUAUUCUAUCAACCAUUUCAGAAAAAUAUCUAGGAAUCGUCUCCAUUUGCCACAACUCUUGGACACUUGUCAAUCAACCCAAGGCAAAUUCUUUUUUUUUUUUUUUUUUGUACAUUCCUGUAUCUAUCCAUCUUAUGCUAUUUCACUCUCUCUCUCUGAAUGGACAUGUCUCCGUAUCUCUCUCUCUCUCUCUGAACCGUCAUGUCCCUGUCUCUCUCUCUCUGAACCGUCAUGUCUCUCUCUCUCUCUCUCUCUGAACCGUCAUGUCUCUGUCUCUCUCUCUCUCUCUCUCUCUGAACCGUCAUGUCUCCGUCUCUCUCUCUCUCUCUCUCUGAACCCCUUCUCUCUCCUGUGUGUCUCUCUCUCUCUCUCUCUGAGCCUUCGUGUCUCCGUCUCUCUCUCUCUCUCUCUCUUCGUGUCUCCGUCUCUCUCUCUCUCUCUGAACCGUCGUGUCUCUGUCUCUCUCUCUCUCUCUCUGAACCCGUCGUGUCUCCGUCUCUCUCUCUCUCUCUCUCUCUCUGAACCGUCGUGUCUCCUCUCUCUCUCUCUCUCUCUGAACAAGUCGUGUCUCCGUCUCUCUCUCUCUCUGAACCGUGGUCUCCCCUCUCUCUCUCUCUCUCUCUCUCUCUCUCUGAACCGUCGUGUCCCCGUCUCUCUCUCUCUCUCUCUGAACCGUCUCUGUCCCCAUCUCUCUCUCUCUCUCUCUGAACCGUCGUGUCUCCCCGUCUCUCUCUCUCUCUCUCUGAACCCGUCGUGUCCCCCGUCUCUCUCUCUCUCUGAACCGUCGUGUCCCCGUCUCUCACUCUCUCUCUCUGAACCGUCGUGUCCCCGUCUCUCUCUCUCUCUCUGA